AUGUGGCAAAUAUUCUGGUCACACCUUCAUAAUCUUACAGGUGUAAGAUGCACAUCACUAGAAAGAGUAAACAUUUGGUUUAAAAAACCAGAAGCAUAUAAAGAAGAAGCUUGUAUUAGUUGUAAUGUAGGAGCUGAAAAGUCAUCUGAUUACUUAUUUGGAUGUGAAGCAUACAAAUUUGAUUGGGAUAAUAUUGAAGUAGUUGCAACAGAGAUAAUGUAG